GGUUGGAAGGGAUUGGGGAGCAGAAAGAGUGGCAUUAAAAAACAUUUACAUUGUAUUAAUAAGGUCAGUAUUAGAUUAUGGAAGUGUGAUAUUAAGGUCAGCAGCAGAUACAGCACUGGCAAAACUAGAUAGGAUCCAAUAUCAAAUAAAUAUAAGGAGAAAUAAGGAGAAUCACCCAACUCAAGAAGUACUAAAACUGUGCUGGGAAAAGGAGAAAAGAAAGAUAAAAAGUUUUGGAUGGACAGUUGAGCUAGAAACAAAAGAACUAGAAAUAAAUGAAAUAAACAUCAGCCCAACUGUACCACUACCAACAAUUCAGCCAUGGCUUCUACCAGAUCCUGUGGUAGAUCUAACAUUACUGGAGAAGAAAACCAAAAAUAAAGAAAUCAUAGGACAGAUCAUACAAGACUACAUUGAAAGGAAAUACUAUAGUUAUGUACAAAUUUAUACAGAUGCAUCAAAAAACCUAGCAAACAAUGCAGGUGUUUCAGUAAUUGUCCCAGAAUUUAAGGUCAAAAUUUUUAAGCGCAUUGAGGACGGACUGGCGGUAUAUACAGGAGAAAUGUUAGCAAUUCUGGUACUGCAGUGGAUAGAAGAUGUGAGACCACUCAGCUCAAUUAUAGGUUCAGACUCAAGUUCAGCAAUAAUCAGCUUGGAUCACUACCAUUCAGACAGCAGACAAGAUUUGACAACAGAAAUUAAACAAACAUUGUUUAGGAUUCAAAUGUUAGGGUUAUAUGUAGUAUUCGUAUGGAUACCAGCUCAUAUAGGAGUAGUUGGAAAUGAAAUGGCAGAUAAAUGUGCUAAGAGAGCAACAGAAAAGCGGCAAAUGGAUAUUAUAGUGCCAUUUAGCAAAACAGAAGUAAAGAACAUAGUUAAACAUAAGAACAAACAAAGAUGGCAGGAGCAAUGGGAUAAGGAGAAAAUGGGAAGAUGGUUUUAUGGAAUACAAAGACAAGUAGGGACAAUGAGAAAAACUACCAGAACUCGUGAAGAAGAAACCAUAAUAUCUAGAAUAAGAUUUGGACAUACUGGACUGAACAGUACAUUACAUAAAAUAGGAAAACACAACAAUGGAACAUGCAAUCAGUGCAAUAGUCAAGAAACAUUAGAACACCUUAUGAUGCAGUGCCCAAAAUAGGAGGCUGAAAGGAGGAACCUUAUAAGAAAUUUAAGUAGAAUAAAGAUGAGAUACAAUCCAAAGGAUUUGAUACAGAGGAAUUCUGCGGAAGAGUCAUAUCGAAUAAUAAUCAGGUUCCUAAGGACAGAGUUAAUAGAAAGAAUGUAAUUUAUUAUUAUUAUUAUUAUUUUAUUUUAUUUUAUUUUAUUUUUUUAAUUUUCAUUAGUAUUAUUAAGAUCCAGAUCCACACUCCAGACCAGUUGAUGGCGGUAAUUCACCAUAACGUUGUUAGCCAACCGCCAAAAAAAAGGAAUCAAGAAGAAGAAUCGAUGCAGAUCAGGGGAGUCGUUUCCUGUUUCGUUUGUUGUUGUCCGGCUCUGUUUCCGGUGUGGUUGCUGCUGCAGCUGUUUAUGGAACCAAAAUGACCAAACUCCAACUCCUGAACGCUUACCUGACGGAGCGGCUGACGGUGGUGGUGAAGGAGAUCCUAGACGUGGUGGAGGACACGGUGACCGAGUACCGGGAGGAGACCGCGAGAACUCAGCGGGAGAACGAGAGCCUGCGGAGACAGCUGCGGGACAUCCUGCUGCUGGAGGCCGAGACAGAGUGGCUGAGUAAGGGCCGGGCUAGUCAGCUAGCUCAAAGAAUCAGGCUCAGAACUGCCCUGAAAAAUACACGGUUUUUACUUUUCCAGUGACCUGACAUUAAUUACCAACUAAAUCAGGAACUGCUGAUAGACCAUCGUCGACUUCUGGUUUCUAAUUAGGCAACACUGACAUUUCUCAAAUUUGUCCCAAAAUGAUGUUAAAGGGACUUGCCCUGAAUUUACUCUCACAGUCUGGUUUCAUUUGGUGCUUGACUAUAAAACCGCUGAAAAGAGAAGAGCUGCUGUUUUAGUAAGUUUAGUCUGAAGAAUUUCUUUGUUGUAUGUUAAUAAAGUUUAUAAAAAGCUCACAAUUGUGGACGUGACCGUAAAAACUGAAACAGUCAGAAUAUUUUCCAGAGUAUGGAAAGACAUUUUUAAAGAAGGAAACAAUCCGUUUGGUAUUUUAGCUGCUUACUUAAAGCUCCCAUAGAGGGAUUUUAUCGGUUAAGAAACAGACUAAGUUGACACUGCUGUCACUCAAUGACCCACAAAAAACAAGUACACCGUCAGAGACAAGAGUCAGUAUUAUUGUUUUUUUUAAUUAAUUCUAGGGAUGCACCAAAAAUUCGGCCACCAAAUAUUUUCAGCUGAAAAUAGCCUAAAAGUGCAUUUUCGGUUUUUGGCCAAAAGACUUAAGGCUCUUACACACCGGCGAAUUUGCGGAGCGAAAAAGCGAGACGAAAAUUGCGAAUAUUCGCCGGUCCGAAAAAUCGCUUUCGCCUAUACACACCGGCCGCGAAGCGAAUAUGCGUAUAUUUUUUGCACAGCGAAUUAAUAAAGUCGCUUUGCGGCACAGACAUGACACAUGACAUCUGUCUCCUAAGGAAGACAAGAGGGUGUCAUCUUGUGAGAAAACUACUUCAUUAGUAAUUCGAAAGAGUUUUGGAUGCACCUCAGCCGUCUUUCUCUGCGUUUUCAUAAUCUCAAACUUCUCCCUCUCCUCCAGCCGUAUGGGUCUGUGAUGUCAUCAACAACAUGACUUUUGAUUGGCCAGAGGUCUAGCAGGUCCAGAUAUUCGCCUGCGAAUAUCCGAAAAAUUCGACACAAGAGCGAAAAAAUAAAAGCGGCUUUUCGCCCCGCGGAAAAAUCGCCGCCGGUGUGGAAGCUCGCAUUGACUUUAUGCUGUUUUAAAAAAAGGCAAAUAAUUCGCCUGGCGAAUUCUCGCCCGGUGUGUAAGGACCUUUACAGUGGAUAUAAAAAGUCUACACACCCGUGUUCAACUGCCAGGUUUUCGUGAUGUAAGAAAAUGACAGCAAGAUUAAUAUUUUCACAAAUUUUUCCACCUUUAAUGUGACUUGUAACCUGUACAACGCAAUUGAAAAACAAACUGAAACCUUUAAGGUGGAAAAUAGAAAAAUCAAAAUAACAUAGUUGCAUAAAUAUGCACACCCUUAAACUUAUACUUUGUUGCAGCAUCUUUGGCUUUUAUACAGCACUCAGUCUUUUUGGGUAGGAGUCUAUCAGCAUGGCACAUCUUGAUGUGGCUAUAUUUGCCCACUCUUCUUUGCAAAACCACUCCAAAUCUGACAGGUUGCGAAGGCAUCUCCUGCGCACAGCCCUCUUCAGAUCACCUCACAAUGGGAUUCAGGUAUGGGCUCUGGCUGGGCCAUUCCAAAGUCUCAAUCUUAUUCCAGUGAAGCUGUUCUUUUGUUGAUUAAGAUAUGUGCUUUGGGCCAUUGUCAUGCUGAAAGAUCAAGUUCCUCUUCAUCUUCAGCUUUCUAGCAGAAGGUUGAAGGUUUUGUGCUUACACCGACUGGUAUAUGGAACUAGUGCUGCAUGAUAUUGGAAAAAACUAACAUUGCGAUUUUUUUCAAUCCUGCGAUAUAUAUUGCGAUAUUAAAAAAUACAGGAAUUUUCACCAGAUGACCUGAAUAGCACUUCAUGCUGAGAUCUUGUGGAUAAUUAACCUGCACUGAUCUUACCUCUUUUUGUGAAUGUUAGUAGAAUGGCUUCUGUCCAUCUUAAAGAUAUUUUUAGCAUACUUCUAUUGUGCUGGGACUUGUUAUCUCUUGUUGUGGCAACUGAUGAAAGGCACUGCCGACACAGAACACGUGUUUGGUCGAUAUCAUCCUUGUUGUAACCGAAAUAAUUUCAGAUAACUGACAUUGAUUUUUUUCUUUUUGGCAACAAGUCUUCCUUUUUUUGGUGUUUUUCUCUUGUUUGUUGCUCCUUUUGGAAUCGUUGUUUUUGUUAUUGGUGUUGUGCCGAGAAAUGCGCGUCCUCCGAGAGUCGCAUGCACCUAGCGGAAACGCGCACUGCUUAUAGUAGAGUUAUCUACGGAAAUGUUCGAUUUAAAACCAUACAGUUCUUAUUUUUGGGGCUAAACAGUGAUGAGGAAUGUACUGAAUGUAAAGGUCCUUACACACCGGCGAAUUUGCGGAGCGAAGCGGAAAAAGCGAGACGAAAAUGCAAAAAUAUUUGCCGGUCCGAAAAAUCGCUUUCGCCUAUACACACCAGGCGCGAAGCGAAUAUGCGUAUAAAUUUCGCAAAGCGAAUUAAUAAAGUCGCUUUGCGGCACGGAGGAGAGGAGAUGCGGGGUGGUCCUGUACCGCAAUUACCAGCCUCUCUCCCAUCGUUGCUCUUGGUGCCAGUGGUGGUGUGUGUCGUGUGAAUGGCUGCUGAUUGACAUGUCUAGCAUUAUGAGCGAGGGAGAAAGAGGAGGAAAAGCUGUGAGAGACGCCGCAGCAGCCACGAGAAGCGAGGGCUGAGCAGUGAUCCUUCAAGUUGUCUGGUCAUUCUGUUGGCCCUGUAGCUGCAGAUCAUCGGUAUGUCAAACAGCUAAGAGGGAGAAUCAGGCAUGAUGAGGAGGUCACCCUGUGAAGUGUGCAUGACAUUUGUCUCCUAAGGAAGACAAGAGAGUGUCAUCUUGUGAGAAAACUACUUCAUUAGUAAUUAGAAAGAGCUUUGGAUGCACCUCAGCUGUCUUUCUCUGCGUUUUCAUAAUCUCAAACUUCUCCCUCUCCUCCAGCCGUAUGGGUCUGUGACGUCAUCAACAACAUGACUUUUGAUUGGCCAGAGGUCUAGCAGGUCCAGAUAUUUGCCUGCGAAUAUCCGAAAAAUUCGACACAAGAGCGAAAAAAUAAAAGUCGCUUUUCGCCCCGCGGAAAAAUUGCCGCCGGUGUGGAAGCUUGCAUUGACUUUAUGCUGUUUUAAAAAAAGGCGAAUAAUUUGCCUGGCGAAUUUGCGCCUGGUGUGUAAGGACCUCAAUUCUUGGCGGGCAUGCUGUCUCGGUACAACACCGGUAGCGCCAGCGUCUCACUCCAUGUGCAGGGGCGUGGUUUACUCCUCUCUGAUUUUGAUUGAUUGCUGGUAGGGGGUAGUCUGGUUGGCAACUGAGUAAAGAACAAAUGUGAUUGGUGGAUCGCUGCACAGCACAUGCAAAGUCACAUGCAGAGUCACAUGCAGUGUCUCUCAGUCAGCUACCCUUGAAAUUAGAUGAGUUCAUUCGCCUCCGACAUCACAGGCUCUGCGAUGUGACUAUUGCACACACGUACAUCGCGAUGACAAUGCUCAAACGAUAUAUCGUGCCCUAUUUGGAACUGUUCAUAAUUCCCUCCACCCUGACUAAGGCACCAGUUCCAGUGAAGAAAAACAGCCCCAAAGCAUGAUGCUGCCACCACCAUGCUUCACUGUGGGUAUGGUGUUCUUUUGGUGAUGAGCAGUGUUGAUUUUGUGCCAAAUAUACCUUUUGCAAUGAUGCCCAAAAAGUUCAACUUUGGUUUCAUCAGACCAUAACAUUUUUUCCCACGUGUUUGGGAGAGUUCAGAUAUCUUUUUGCAAAAUUAAGCCGGGCUUUGAUGUUUUUCUUUGUAAGAUAAGGCCUUCGUCUUGUCACCCUACCCCAUAGUAGCUGAGCAGAUAAGGAAAUAAUCGUUCACUUUGUUAUACAAGCAUGAAAUUUGGUACAUAUACUCUUCAAACCCCACUCUUUUCAAAAAUAACGUUAGCCACGCAAAAUUCCAAGAUGGCGGCCCCAAAAUCCAAGAUGUCCGCCCCAAAAUGUGGUUUUUCCUUUACAACUCAAAAUGACUUGAUUUUAAGCCCCAUACAUAUAUUGAAGUUAAAUAUAAAGUUGUGUAUUGCAGACAUUUUGGUACCUAGUACAGCUCUGUAUCCAUUACGGUUCUUGAGAUACAGCAUAUAGAUACUUGUACAGAAUUGGCAGAGUGAGAAAUUUGUAACACUGAUUGUUGUUACGUGCAUAUGGUUAUAUGAAAAUAUCAUUUCCAUUGUUAUUUUCAUUAGGGUUAUAACAUGAAAUUCGAAAACCAAGAUGGUGUCCAAGAUGGCUGCCAUUGCCUUGAAGUAAUCAUGAAUUCAGCAAAGAUGAAUCAUGAAUUCAGAAGGAUGAAACUUGUCAUAAAAAGUUAAAAAUUAGGCAUUUCGUGACAAUUUUCUGAUUUUAGUUCUGGUGUUAGGUAUGUGUAUAAGGUUUUAAAAAACCACCGCAAACGAUAUGGGUGCGCCCCCUAGUGGUUUGUUUGCCCAGAAUCCAAAAUUCAACAGGUCCCUUUGUGACGACAUUUGUGCAACCUUGUCGGCAAGGGUGGAACAUCUCUGUUUUGUUGUCAUUGUGCCUCAGGAAGUUUAUGCCAGUUAGAUAGCAUGGUGUUCUUAUUUAUUACCUUGUGUCUUCCCCCCUCGCCACGUUUGGACAUGGUCUCAGCUUUAAGGCUUGAUGGGUUUUUCACAUCAAAGACCAGAUGUGUCAUUGUGUAUUUGCUGGAGUACAUGUAGAUCACAGGUAGGAAGUCGAGAACUGCAUAGUCCUCAAAAGUCUUGGAUCUUUUUGGUGGCAGGGCGUGGUCCAAAGCUGACCCAUCUACAAUGAGAACGUCUGCCUCAGGUUCCUUGUCAACUGGUGGGACAUAAUUCUCAAGGAUAGGGGUCAGCUGAGACUUCUGGCAAGUGUACAAUUUUCCACCCUUGCUCAAUGCAACAGGGAAGGACUGGUUCUCAUGCUGAAAGAACUCCUGGAGGUCAUGCUGAGUUACACAGCAGUGAUAUCACCAGUGUGCCCUGGUUGUGUGCCGAUAUUCACUGUAUUACAUCUGCAAGCUUGUACUGUAUAAACGUGUAAAUUCUGUACUGCAAUGGCCCCAUUGGAUGCAUAGACCAAAAAUAUGUGCAUGCCAAAAGUAAAUGUUUCAUAGUCACUAAGAUCUGAUUACUUCAAGGCAAUGGCAGCCAUCUUGGACACCAUCUUGUUUUUCAAAUUUAAUGUUAUAAGCCUCAUGAAAAUAAUAGAUAAUGGAAAUGAUAUUUUGAUAUAACCAUAUGCACGUAACAACAAUUGGUGUUACAAAUUUCUCACUCUUCCAAUUCUGUACAAGUAUCUAUAUGCUGUAUCUCAAGAACCGUAAUGGAUACAGAGAUGUACUAGGUACCAAAAUGUCUGCAAUACACAACUUUAUAUUCAACUUCAAUAUAUGUAUGGGGCUUAAAAUCAAGGCAUUUUGAGUUAUAAAGGAAAAACCACAUUUUUGAGGCGGACAUCUUGGAUUUUGGGGCCGCCAUCUUAGAAUUUUGCGUGGCUAACGUUAUUUUUGAAAAGAGUGGGGUUUGACAAGUAUAUGUACCAAAUUUCAUGCUUGUAUAACAAAGUGAACGAUUCGGGCUAUAUUAUGCAUUUGUCUGCUCUACUAUAGCCCAGACAUAUGAAGACAGCGGGAGAUUGUUGUCACAUGUACUACACAGCCAGUACUUACCAGAAAUUCCUGCGGCUCCUUCAGUUUUGCUGUCGACCUCUUGGUAGCCUCCCUGACCUGUUUUCUUCUCAUCUGAUCAUAAAUAUUGGACGGACGUCCUGUUCCUGGUAAUGUCACCGUUGUGCCAUAUUUUCUCCACUUGAUGAUGACAGUCUUUACUGUGUUCCAUGGUAUAUUUACUUCCUUGGAAAUUCUUUUGUAGCCCUCACCUGACUGAUAUCUUUGAAUAAUGAGAUCCCUCUGAUGCUUUGGAAGCUCUCUGCGGACCAUGGCUUGUGCUGGAAGAUGUGGCUGCAAAAAUGUCAGGAAAAGCCUACUAGAACAGCUGAACUUUAUUUGGGGUUGAUCAGAGGCACUUUAAUUGGUGACAGGUGUGUGCUUACUCCAAUUUAACCUGAGUUUGAAUGUUAUUGAUUAAAUCUGAACACAGCCACAUCCCCACUUAUUAAAGCAGGCAUGAAAAUCUCUCACCUUUCGGCGAAAUUCGCCGUUUUGAAGUCAAAACGGGUGACCUACAUGAAUCGUGUAGAUCUGAGGAGAAUUUUUUUUAUCAUGUGAUUGACUUAAUACGUAAACUGAGCACUUCAGAAAUCGGCCCUUUAAAUGACACUUGGACGGUCAGCAAAUCCUCCUGGCUCCUUCGCUGACGAGAAUCAUAGGCCAAGCUUCGUUCCAUUAUUCCAAUCAUGCGCACACUCUUCACGUGUACUUGGAGUGCUUGAAGAGCCUGUGGUAGCAUUGCAAAGCUGCAAGAACGAGAAGCAGGACUUAUCCACACUGGUGUUGUGCCGUAUAAUCCACCCCUGCUGUAGAAUGCCCCCCUGACGGGAGUGCGGUUGAAAGUACAAAACAAGGCGAAAUAAUUCAAGUUUUCCUUACCGUUGGACGGAUUCAAAAGCGUGUGCCUUAAAUGACUUCAUUCAGGUUCUAGAACUUGUUGUCCUAUGCUUUGGCCCAUGCUUGAAGCCUUUUGUGACAAAAUAAAAACAUGUGAACCCUGGUCUUUUUAACACUCCUUUUCGCUGCUGAUGUUAUUCAUUGAUUCAUUAAAACAUAAUGGUUUUGAGCCAUCUAAAAUAGUGAAAGCGGGCGUCUUGCGUUUACUGCUCUGCAGGGCUCCCAAGUCUCAUGCAUUCAGCGUGUGACACACGCAUUCCCACCCGUUCACACGCUCACACAUUGUAUUUAUCACGCAUUUAUAUGAACAUGGUGAUGUCCACAAAGUUGCACCUCUGUAACAAUGGAACUGGUAGAAAUCAACUGAGUUCCUCCGAGAGUUCAGAAGCUGCGUGCCACGCGCAAGCCAAUCAAAUAAAGUAAUUCUAAUGAACAGCCAAUCAAAAAGCAGCAUUGCUGUAUCUGGGUAGAUUUUGAUAUCUUGCGGUUUGACUACAGAAGAAGACAGACACUCGCCGAAAUAGAGCAGGUUUCAUAAGGACGAGAAAGACCCGAUGAUUACAGUAAGUCAGUAACCUACACAUGCAGAGACCUCAACACCUCAUGGCAUAUAAACUCAUAUGAUAAACUAAAGCCCUAUGCUAUUGCUAUUAACAGCUGCAUUGAUGAAAUUAGCCUCUGUACAGCCAUUUCCAGCCAUUUCCCCCCAACAAAAGCAGCCUUUCUCAUAUAUUCUUUUUAAAGUUCUGACAGUGUAACGCUCAUGUACCAAAGGAUUAAGUAUCUCCAUGUUUGUGAAACCUAUACUAAAGUACAAUUCAUCUAAAUGCUCCUCAGUGCUGAUUUUAGCAACUCUCCUCCACAACAGGUAACUUUACAACUUUAUUCUUAUAUAUUAUUGACUUUAUUCUCCUAAAUAAUAACUUUAUUGUCUAAGAUUUAAAAACGUUUUUUUUUCUUAAUGUGGCCCUCAUACUCCGUUGUAUUUAAGAGAUUAUUAUACUAAUAAUUAUCUUCAAUCACUCUUCACCCCCCCCCCCCUUCUCACCUUUUCAACCCCUGACCCAUUUUCAUGCCUGUUAAAGGGUAUGCAAACUUAUGCAACCAUAUGAUCUCAGUUGUUUAUUUUUACUUCAUCUUCCCGAAAGAUUUCAGUUUGUUUUUCAAUUGUGUUGUACAGGUUAUAGGUCACAUUACAGGUGGAUAAAGUUGUGAAAUUAUUUAUCUUGAUUUAAUUUUUUUACAUGACAAAAAUCUGGCAGCUUAACAGGGGUGUUUUUAUAUCUACUGUAUAUAACUGAGACAGCACGGCCGAAACAGUUGUUGUGAUCACGCAUACAGAAACAUUAGCUAGCACAUGCUUGUCUGGAUAAGAGCCACCAUUAGUGAUGCACGAUAUGAAAAAUUUCAACCGAUACCGAUAACCGAUAAUUUUCUUCUUCUCAUGGCCGAUACCGAUACCGAUAACCGAUAAAUUCAUAUUUUUACAUUUAUUAUAAUCUUCAUAUAAUCUGCAGUUUGUGCAGGAUGCAGCGAUUGAAAACUGAUGUUUUUGUUGCUCUGGCCUAUCUAGAACAACAAACAAAAGUUUUUGGCUCUUCAAAUGUGGUCAUUUGCUAUAAAUAACAAUAACAGAGCAAAAAGCAGAACUUCAUUUGAUCCCCUGAACUGUUCAACAGAACUGUAAACUGUAAAGGAGCUAUUAUGAGACGUUAGGCUUAGCAUGCUGACCGGACUAACAUCUGACGUCCAUAUGUCUGUGGUAAAACUCACGUGUAGUCCGUUCUUGUCGAUCAGGUUGUGAAUGUAUGUGGCGACAAUAUCAUAGAGUGCAGGAAGAGACACAUCCGAGAAGAAGCGGCGGCUUGGGAGAGUGUAACGUGGCUCCAAGUGUGCUAUUAACUUGCGAAAACCCGGGUUCUCAACGACGGAAAAAGGCUGGUCGUCGACCGCUAUGAACUCCAUCACUUUGUCGUUAAUGGCUUUAGCCUUUUCGCUGUCUCUUGAGAAGCUUUUGCAGUUUUUAAACGCCCGCUGAAUGGGGACAUCGAUCCUCCGUAGUGUUGUUGUCUUAGCUUUUGUACCGCUAGCAGCUUCGGCGGCUGUCUCAUAUUCUUUUACUACCGCUUCGCCGCGAUGGCGACUUUUCAGAUGAGCUGUCAGAUUCGCUGUGUUAAUACUUGACGUCUUCUUUCCUCCUCUCGGAAUCCUCGCUGAACAGGUUUUGCAUAUAGCAAUGCUGUUGUCAUCUUCUGCCACUGAGAGAAACGACCAUGCUGGUGAAGACAUUUUAUUAUCUGUCAGGUAGUGACGGGGUCAGGCUUGGGACCUGCGAGUAAGGCGCAAUAGAUGACGUAACCAGCGCGUCUCGGACGGGCGGCUACUCCGCCUGCAAACGUUACUCGUAAUUUCAUUAAUAUAUCGGAUCUUUCUAUCGGAAAAAUGCACCUAUCGGACCGAUAAAAAAUGACGUAAUUUCCCCCCAAAUCGGCCGAUAUUUUAUCGGUCCGAUAAAUAUCGUGCAUCCCUAGCCACCAUGUCUGCGAUGUGGAUUUAUUUCAAUAUAUAUGACAACCACGGAUAGUGAUUUGCAUAGUGUGUAAUGCUAAAAUUUCAAGAGGGGGUGCAUCUGCAAAGAAUUUCUUCACGCAGGGUUUAUCACUUGAAAUCCAAACUUCCCAAGUGCCAUUCUGAAAUUGAAACAGAAAUUCCUCAGCACAGUCACUCUGUGGUGUAUGUUGCAACCAAAUCGAAUACACAAGCAGAUUCUGGGUAAAAUCUCACUUCUUCAGAGGAUGCAGGGAGCUCCCACUCUCAUCUGCUUGAGAGAAAAAGAAGUAAUAUGUAUGUAUGUAAUAAUAAGUAAUAUUAAUUUCAUAUUUAAUAUUACUUAACAUUAAUUUAUGCCAUUGCAAUGCAUUGACUUUAGAUUUUAGUGAGGUUAGUACACAGUCAUAACCAUAAAUGCAAUGGUCCUAAUAAUUGGAUAAUAAUUUCUUUUGGUGUUUUGGUCUUCGGUUUUGGCCAAGAAUUUUCAUUUCUGUUUGAAUCUUGAUGGUGAUGGCUGCUGUUGAAUCCAUCGUAUUUACUGUUCUGUUCUGUUGGGUUCUAGGGUCCAGAUCAAGUCUUGGGUUUCCAGCUCCUGACCAGCAGCAGCUACCUGACCCAAAGCCGAGGCCCUGCUCAGAGGAACCAGACUCCACCCUAAACCAGCCCAAACCUCCAGCAGCCAAACCUAUUCAUCAGCAGGUCGGCACUGUGCAGCUUCUGUUGCAGCAGAGUGAGAAAUCUCCAGGGCAGAGUCUCCUGCCAGGGAACAAGAAGCCAGCUGAAGCCAGGGAGACUGUCCUGAAGCCAGGACCCCACAAACAGGCCUUACAUAAAGCAUCACCUCCUCCUACAAACUCCUCUCUGAAUCCUCCCACCACCAUAGUCCCUAAGAUUCACAUUCAAGUUCCUGUGUUAAGAGAGGAGUCACGAGGUACGGCUCCUGCUGUUAUUAAAGCUGAACCUGUGGAAUACAAAGUGAGUAAAAUUGGAGAUAACACAGACUCUUUGACUGCACCUGGACAGCAGGAACAGUCCAGCUUCAGCACAGACAGGAUGGUGUUGGUGUGCUCAGACCAUCGUGAAACCCACAGGAAGAAAAAACUGUCUCAGGAGAAGACUACGGUUACUAAUGAGGGCGCAGCAGCGGGUUACAUCCCUGAGCUUGUCCACCGCUGCCCCCGCUGUGGUGAGGCAUUUGACCAAGCCAGUGCUCUCCGACUACACCUGGAGCAGAAAAGAAAGAGUUACGCCUGCGAGUGGUGCUGCAAAUCCUUUGCACAGUCUGCAGACCUGCGGCGUCACCUGCGCACACAUACCGGCGAGAGGCCGCACCGCUGCAACUUCUGCUCCAAGAGCUUCAGCCAGAGAGGAAACCUGCGAAGACACCUGCGCAUCCACACGGGGGAGCGGCCCUACAGCUGCCCGUACUGCUGUCGCACCUUCAGUGACGGAGACACCAUGAAAAAACACAAACGCACACAUGCAGGAGAGAAAGUGGACCGUGGUGAUCAGUGCUCCAAGACGUUUGCCAGCUCUGGUAGCCUGCAGAUACAUUUAAAGAAGGACAUGUGCUACAUGGUGAACGCCUGAUAGGUCAGUUCAGGAGAGGGAGAGGAUGCAGGGAGGUCAAUAAGUUCAGGAGGGGCAGUGCUACCACAAGCCAGUGGGGAGUGGAUACCAACAUUUACAUACAUUUCAUUUCUUUUUGUGCACACUUGAGUGAGACAACCUAAACUGUCUGCUCUCUUUGGCCCAGUCAUCACAUUCAGUCCAUAACAAAAUCCUGAUUUAAAGCCCACAGCCAGCAGAUCAUCAAACUCAAGUCAAUGUGUCCUCCAGUCUUUAUUUAAAAGCCUUUGAAUCACAACCAAACUUUCCAGAACGAGCAGGUGGAUUGCAACACGGCCUCACAUUUAUCUUCAUCAACUGGAUACAGUCAAAACUAGAGGGAAUCACUGUGGGUUGAUGUAAGGGGUGACUAGAAUGGAAAGUCAUCAAAUAAUGAUUAUUUUAAUAAUAAUGAUAGCACUGCCUGUGAUUCAUUUGCAUUUGUUUUAAGUUAUUACUCAGGUGGAGCUUCAACUCACAAUGAUUUCAACCUUCGGGUUUGUUCCUUCACACACAAAUAUUGAGUUAAAAGCACAAAAUGGUGUUUGAUGUGUUUAAUAGGGGAUAUGUACUCGAACAAUAUGGAGACUAAUAAGAUACAAGCUUUAGGUAACACUUUAUAUGAAUCUACCUCCUAUAAUGCAGCGCUUUGUAAGGCCUCAUAAAUGCAUAUGUAAGGCUCUAUAACAACCAAUCUGCAUGACAGUAAUCAUUUAUAACAGCUUAAUAACAGCAGUAUGUGAGAGGCAGUGAGCAGGGUGUCUUAUAAAAGUGUGAUUUAUAAUAGGUAAUUACAUCAUAUUUUACCCAGAAUUCAAAAGACACUGUUUUUUUGUAUUUAGAUGUAAUGUCAGCUCUAUAGGCAGUGGCGGUUCUAGACUAAAUUACUCCCCGGGCGAGACCCCCUCCAUACAUAAAAGUGGCAAAUAUUUAACAAAAAAUGUAACAAGACAGUACGAGAAGAGAAGAAUAAUAUAAAAUAUCAAAUAAAAUAUAGACUAAUAAUCUUACAUAGCAAAUCACAAACUUGAAAACACACCAAAGAAAAUGUGAUUGUUCUAUGAACAGAAAACACAAACUAAAACUAAAACCUGACCUUUCCUGCCUUCCUUGAUGCAAAAUCAUCAAUAAUCUCUUCAUAAGAAAUCUGCUGCCCUAUUAACCCAUUAAGCCUGAACCCUGAACCCUGCCUGAGCCGCGCCUCUGAAAUCCUGAGGGCCAUUUUAAGAAGGGCCCCCAGAUCCUGAGGUUUUCUGAAGUGUUUAGGUUUACAAAAAAGUUGAUAUCUCAGCCUCUGUAGCAGAUAGAAACAAAAUUAAAAAAGUAUUUGAGAGCUUACAGGUGUGGCUUUCAAGAUAACUAGCUUUUAUUUGUCCAAACUUUCAACACAUUAUUGAAAACCUUGAACAAACAAACUUAAAUGAAUUAAAGAGGCUGUAUAAAGAAAAGUAAAGAUUCUGCACUGGAGAAUAAUAAACUAUUUGCUUUCUGUAAAACAAAUGGCAGUCAUGAUAAAGUGUCCAUUUAAUUCAAAUGUAAAUAUAAAAAAUAAAGUGUUGAAAGGGUAUGCAGCUGCCCUAGUAUAGUGCCUGUACAAAAACAGCACUAAAAAAUAAAUAAAUAUGUGGCUGACAGUCUGUUCAUGUCUGUGCUCACCCAAAGUCAUGCAACACUCACAGAAAUCGCUGAUAGUGUGAGCCAAAGACCGCAAUAUGAAGAGGUUGUUCACACUGCUGGAUGUUUCUCCUCCGAAGCUGCUCUCUGCCUGUCAUUGUUUACUUUCCUCACGAUGCACGUAGCAAGAUCCAAGCAUGAAUCCUAUCGCUUUAUUAGCUUAUCAGAGGCAGACUGGUAUGAUGAUUUGAUUUGCCACGACUCCAGAAAUGAUUAAAAAACGACAUAAUGUCACAAAAUGACGUAUCCGCGCUCCCAGCUUGAAGGCUGAAAUGCGCAGCCGCGCUCUCAGCUAUGGAAGGUUGAAAUGCAGACAUACUGUCCCUGUUUAAAUGGGUUAAGUGAUUAAUGACGGCAAGGCCAGUGAGCCUUACGACUUUAUCAACUUCAGUUUUGAGAAGCUCCUCUCUGCUUGAGCCACCGUGACUGGCAGAGUGAGAGCAAUCCUGAGAGCAGAGCUGUCCCCUGCGACCCUCUCCCCGCCUCGUCUCAUACAGUCUGUCAGCCUCUGUGCGGCACCUUCGCAGCAAGCAGGGGUGUCUACAGCAGCAGGGGGGUGCCAAUUUGACAACAAGAGUUAAUACAAAACCGCUUUGUGGCGCAGAUUUAUUAUUAUCUUUUAUUUUAUUUUUUUGGAAGUGCUCGUGCCGCCCCCCAUGAGUCAUGACACAUAUGCCGCCCCGGGUGGCUGCCCGGUUCGCCCGUGCCUAGAACCGCUACUGUCUAUAGGGCAUCAUGCUUACUGCUUAUAACAUCUCAUUAACAUAACUAAAAGCUGUUAUGAAUGCUUACAAUCAGUUUUUUAUGAAUACAGAUUGAUUUAUCAGGAUUUAUCAAUGAUGCAUUAAAGGAGCUGGGUUCAUGUAAAGACCUACUGACCUUUGUCUAUGCUGAUGGCAGCUUUUUUAAAACAAAUUACCACUAAUACACUUCUAACAGUAUCACUCCGUCUGCUCAGCUAUGAUGUUAAAUUACAUACCCUGCAAUCAUAGCUAAGAGUUUUACCCAUGAUUGAAUCAGGGCAUGCUCUGCAGGACAAACUUCUUCAUAUUUCACACCUCCUGACCCAAUCUAAAUUUUUUUUUGUCUGCAGGAAAAUGCUCCGUCACUACAAAUCACUCACCUCACAACACAGUUAUCAAUUUAUUUACAAUAGGCCUGAAAGUGACUGGUUAAGACUUUGGUCAGGCUCUAUGAAUGAAUUUACUGAACUUUUCAGAGAAGGAAAAAGAUUUUUUGAAGGUUGUUUCAGAGGUCAGGUGAAUGUUUGUCAUGAUUUCAGUCAUCAAAGCCAUACAGCAUUUUACAACCCACUGGCUGGUUUAAUGGCACAAUCAGACCUACAAGACUAACUGUAAAAACAAGAGUUAAACUUCAAGGACAUGCAGCACAGAUGACCUGAUGAACCUCAUCUCCUAUCCCACUGACAGUGUCUCGCUGUUACUGACAUGAACUUUGUGUUUUCAUUAAGUUGACUGUUUGCAGGUUUUAGGCAGCUACACUGAUCAUCUAUGCCUUUGUAUUUAUUGAUGAAUUUAUUUAUUUAUUUAUUACCUAUAUGUGGGAAGUUUUACCUUUGAGUAUGGAUGCUUUUUCUGGAGUGACUGCCUUCAGAGGAUUCAUCACAGUGCCUGCACCAGUAUUCACCCUAAGCAGAUUUUAACCAGACCUCUUUAUCUUUGUUAGUCUAUAUUACUGCAUCAUAGUCAGAGGAGACUUUUACACCUGGCAGAGUUACUGUGAACCAGAAAGGAGAAGUUAAAGGAAUUAUGAGUGGAACUCAACUUUGCACUUAUUAUGAAGACGAAGGGAAAAGAGUUUUAAAAGGUUUUUUUUUUUGAUAACUUCAAGUUUUACCCAGGUGGUUUUCAAAGCGGAAACAUAUUUAUUGAUUCAUUUGCCUUUUUAUGAGUAAAAUGAGGAAAGAUGGCAUUUGUAGACAUAUCUCAUUAAAGAUUAUAAUUCUUAGUGGGAACUUAUAUGAAAGUUUAUAUGGGUAUUUGGCAAAUAAACUACAUUAAACAUUAAAACCUGACAAAAAAAAAGAAAAAUAUUUUUUUUUUAUGGUGCCUGCUAAGGACGAGAGUUUUACCUAAAAAACACCUACAGGACAGCAACUAAUACCUUGUCUCCAAGGCCACUGUUAACUAGUCAAACUGGACUAUCUAGUGGUCAUUAAGUUUCAAAUUAAAUGGGCUUUUUCCAUCUUUAAACAAUCCUUUAAUCCUUAAAUUUUCUGCAAUACUGUCCCACAGAGGCUGCUGUUCAUGCAUCAAUUUAUUCUGCCUAUGCUUGACUCAAACUGUAGCUUGUGUUGAGUGAUAUAGCUGCUUGAAGACAUUUUCUACACCCUCACUGUAGCUGUUGAUGUCAAAUCAGGCUACUGUAGCAUUUACCGGAGUCCAGGUAGAGCAAAUGUGAGUGCAAACAGGGGCCUAUUGUGUGCAAAGGCAGGAUGCUGGGAUAAAAUCUCAAUUCCCCUUUUCCACCAAGAUGGUGUUAGUGCUGGUUCUGCAUUUUGCAUUUUGCAUUUUAUUUAUAGGCGCCUUUCUUGACACUCAAGGUCACUGUACAACAUAAAAACAGAGUUUGAAAACUGGGCUGGUCCUAGCGCUGGUUCGCUAGCAACUCCUGUUUGCUUUUCUACUGGCUGCAAAGACGUCACAACAGUGUCACUACAGACAUUGGCAAAUCUCUUUAUCUCCCAGCACAACUUGCAGUAGAACAAAUAAAAGAGGACUACUGUGUCCCGUUUGAAGUGCUGCUCCUUACUUUACAAACAUUCCUUAGUCCAAACACAGCGGGUCCAGAGAUUUAGUUCUGCUGAAUAGGAAAUCUUGGAGGUGAUUACACUCCAGAAGACAGGAGUUUUUAUUUUUUUAUACACUAAAUAUUAGCCGUUAGCUAGCUGCUGUUACCCUGAUCCUUUUGGACAUGAAAACCUGCCCUCAGCUCCUGACAUAAGCAAUUCUUUCUUGCAGCUCAGCAGGGAGUUGGUGCUACUCUGGAACCAUUUUAUACUGGACCAGAGACACCACUUUGGUGGUGGAAAAACAUAGAAGUGGCUUCAAAUCACGCAUUUGCUCCGAACCAGCACUGGAACUGGCUUGGUGGAAAAAGAGUAAAUGUGAUAUCAAGAAGUUAUGCUCAAAAACUACAGGAAUGGCAUCUUGAAUAAAGAAAAAAAAAUGGUGCAUUCACAUGCUUAUGGAGCAGAUAUUACUAACAUUGGAAAAUGGUUUGAUUCUGUUUCUAUGGGGUAGAGUAUCGUUGAUUAGCCAGUUACAGCACCAUGAAUUGUAAGCCCCUAUUGGAUUGACUUGUUUCUCUCCAAAACAGUGAUCUGCUCAGUAAUAACAUGUUUGAUGGCUGGAGGUGAAGAAGUAGCAGCACACUUCCUGCUCAAGUUACAGGUGUGGAUAAUGAUGAGCUGAAAUCUUACAGUGUGGUCACUCUCCACAUGUGAGCUUCAGCAUUACCUCGAGGACUGUAUUAGUGCAUAUUUACUGGAUUUUUGAAAGAAAUAUCUUUCAGAGACUUUGCUACUGCAGAGUGGACUGGCUGCUGAAAUACUACACCAAGAAUUUUCUCACAUUUUCUUUGAUGGUGUCAGAAAGCUCUCCUCUGGUCUAAUGCCACUCCUGAAAAUGCGUAAUGUUCUGGAGACAGCCGACUGUAAAACAUGAGGGGAAACUUCUCAACAUUGUGGGAGAGCAGAUAGCUCUGUGAUAUUUUUACAGAAAACAAAGAUAUACACUUAGUCAGCGAUGGUGUGUGUUGGAGUAACUGUGUGUGUGUGUGUGUGUCAGUGGUCUCUGAGGAACGUUCCAUUGUAUGUGAUUAACAGUAUUUUUUAUUAGUGUGAAACCCUUUUUUGAAGGCUAAAUAAAUGUUUGGUCAAAGUGUUGUUCCUCUGAAACACAGAUUUUUAUUCUCGAUGAAAACACUUAAGGUAUUUUGAAAGACAGUACUAUUUAUUGUAAAGUAUUAAUCAAGUUUCUGAUAUAAUAAAAAAUUUCAAAACAG